UGUUUCAUAGCUGAUUAUGGAGGUUUAUGCGCUAUGCUUAAGGAACAUAUGUUCGUUGUAUUAUAGGAUCAAGAAGUUUGAGAAGGAAGAGUAAGCUUUUUACUAGUUCGAGGUAGUUCGUGUAGAUACCCUUUGGGAGCGAAACAUAUAUUCGCUAUUUAGACGGUCAAUGGCUGGACUAACGUUCUUUAUUCUUACAGGUCAUGGUCCACGAUAUUACUGACGGAGAGUUAUUAUUGAAAAAUCACAGCCUCAAGAUUUCGUCAGCGAUGACUUUUGCUAUGUUUAAUAAAUACUCAGUUUUGUAAGGUUUUUGUACUUCGCCUCUUUGGCACAAUAUUUAUAUAAGUUUUACAAAUUACGUAUGAUUGCACGACACUUAUGUAUGUAAAAAUCACUUGAAAGGUACAUAAAUAGAAAACGUAAUUUCUUGUGUACACACGAAAAAAAUACUGAAAGUAAAACAUUUACGGGAAGUUGGUCAGGACGCGGCCGCAACUAUAUUUUAUAAACAGCACACAUGUAGAACCAUCGUACGUGCGUUUUUCGAGAAAAUAGCAAUGCUUAUGGGCUCGACGGAAGACUGGAAGUAGCUUGGAUUUGUCAUUUAAUAUAAAAUAUAAACGAAGUAUAAAUAUUUUAAGCAUUCAUGUGAUGUACAUACCUUGGCGUGAUCUUAUUAUAGCUGAAGUUCGUAGCAGUCCAAAAUACAUGCGUGGUCUCAACACUUAGAUUGCAAGUAUCUCAAAAAAAAGCCCUCGUUGAUAACAACGUGCCCUUGAAUAUGUAUUUUUUAAACUUUCAACAACAGAUAUUUUCGAGGAUCGUUCGAUAGGCUUCAUAUGUUGCAUUAUUGGGUUCUUUAUUAGCAAUUUUCUUAGAAAAUAGCAUGAUAUCAAAGAAAAUAUGGCUGUAUAUCAAUCGAGUAUCAAACUAUUGCUCUCUGGUGCAGCUAAUUUAUAGGCUCCACUAAUUUUCGAAAAUUUAAAUCGAAUUUAUUUUAGUAAAAACGAAAGAAUGGCCCAAUAUACACGUACGAUAUGCAUAAAAUUAUUGAAUUACUAAUAAUGUAGUAUUUAUGGUAAUAUAUUUAUUAUAAUUUAUUAUAAGUACUCAAAAAAGCAGUUGUUUUGAAGAUUCGAUUUUAUUCGCUUCAGGUUAUAGGAGGACAUGUUACUAUUACUCUAUUCGGCCCAAAGGUGAUGUAUAUCCUUAAGGUAUUUGAAUAUGAAGACAGAACAAGCACCGUGUAGUCAUGUUCUUUUAGUUCUAUUUGGUGCUUUGUGUAUGCUACUCACGAGCCAAAUAUGUAUUUGUUACUAAACUUAGCUAAAUGAUGUUAUGCAACUGCGAUCGACCAAUUCUAAAUACAGGGUCAGCUCCUAGCGCGUCAACGGUGCGUUCGACUAUCCCGCAGUCACCUCGAACUCCAUUAGCUCGUCUUCGAACUUCCGCCAAGGAACCUCUGCUGCCUCCCAUAAUGGUCAAUCCGCUUGAAAGGAUGGAGCCCAUUGUUGCACAAGUUGUAGCACAGCCUGUCAUUCAAGCUAAAUCACAGCCCAACAGGACUCAAUCCAAGGAAGGUGAGGUACGGUUGAACCCCAUUUUCAGCGGUCUGCUUGAACAGUCGACCUCUAUCAGACCGGGCUUACCUGUUCCAGGCCGUCGGGCAGCGUCACCUGCUGCUGUUGUCCUUACAGGUACAGUUCCGGCUAUGGCCGUUGGGUCUGUGUCCGAGGCACCGCAAUCAACAGCGCUAACUUCUCUUGCUUCUGGAGUGAUUUCGAGCGUACGACCCCAAACCCCGUUGAUCGUUCGUACAACCAUGUCGAAAGCUCGUCCACCCAAGCAGAUCAGCAUACCAUCGGUUUCGCAGCUAGAGAAGGUGAUCACGGAAUCGAUCCAGCGCGGUGUAGAUAUUAAUCCGAAGAACCUACCUACAUUUGUCGCCUCUUCCUCGUCUAAAAGCAGUUCAGCCACCGUAUCGCAAUCGACUCUUCAGAUGCAAGCAGUAUCCCAUACCCAGACAACUCCUGCAUCCUCUGUUCAGUGUCUAAUAGGCUCAUUGUCGAACCAGGUGACUUCUUUAGUUCAAGGACUCCCUGAUGAGGUAACAACCACGGCAAUGCACCCACCAACGAUGGCUCUUAAGCUGAAGAUUUCAAAAAGCGAAGGCAAUUAUGAAUCUAAAGUUAUUGAAGUGAUGAAAAAACCAGUCGCCAUGGAACAAGUUGCUCGCGAAAUGCAACUAGCUAAAAGGCGUCUGGCUCCAACGGCUGCGGCGGUUCUUGUGGUUCCUCAGCGAGUUCCAAUAACAUCUUCAACUGCUGAACGCCAACACUCAAAUACGAUCGUGAUCAGCGGACGCCUCGUUACUGGUGACGAAAGUGGAAACUUGCUUACCUCGACAUCAUAUCCAUCGUCUCUAGAACAAGUCCCCAUGGAACAGGAAUUACUAAACAGUGAGCCAGUAGCCUCCGGUGAUAAAACGCGUACUUCCUCUUCAGAUCAGUGUCACGAGACAAUACCGAUGGCAGUGGCUAACCCUUUCAUGACAGAAUCGCAAGACAAUUAUCACGAUGCGGUCCCGGUAUCCGAAGCUUCGAUGACGCAGUCAGAGGUUGCCUCCGUUGUGAGUGAUGCGCUGAAUACAAUUAAUAUAGAGCCGUACCAUGAGACUUCCCCAGUUGUUCAGGACUCAACAACGGGCAAUACAGGUGCAUCCUGUCACGUGUCCGUUACCUCCCAAAAGUUAGGCACAUCAUGUCCUGUCGAGGUUUCACGGGAAACAGGCACAACUUCUGCUGGAGAACACUUCUGCGCUACUCACCAAAAUCAGCAGGAGGAAAUACAGGAUCCAUUACAACAAAAGGUUCAACGGCGGCCGGAAGAACAGCCAGAUCAAGCAGAAGGAAUGUCAGCACAGGCAGAGGAUGUCCCCGACUUAGUCGACAUCUCCGAUAGCCCUGUCACUAUCGAAACUGCAACGAUUGAUGACGAUUGUUUAAUUAACGACGUCGAAGAAUCGCCAUUCAUUGUUAGCUAUCACGAUGAGGAGGAGCCUCCACCGCAAGUAUUAGCAGAUCCUGAUCGCGAGGAUGUCGUGAUUGAUCUAACAGAAAGCGAUGUAAACAGUCAGAUGGUGCUGAAUAUAGCAGCACAAAGACACGACUGUCUCAUACGACAUCGACCUACCACUACUACUCGACCGCUUUUACCAAAAGUCGGUCUUUUAUGCAGAAGCAAUCUAAAACCAAAUGUUGGUACCAUACGACGGUUUCUUAAGCCCACUAUACCUAAAUUCGUUCCGAAGGUUCAAGCCGCACCCUCGAUUAAUCCUUCCGCAACCGACAGCAAGGAAGCGUCUGAAUAUAAAAAUAAUAAUGUACCUACUGUGCAGGCGUCUUCGGAACAGGUUGGCAAGGAUAAGGCCUCAAUCGUCUCUACUGUUGAUGACCCCCCGAAGCAGCUGCUGGUAGUUGCUCUUCCAUCGGAUCAUCCUGAAAGCCCUGCUUGGCCUAUGGCCGAAGCGGGACCGACAACUACGGCCAGUAGACUACAGCCAGUAGAUACAGUGGAUUGCCAGCAAACUAAGUCGACCGAACGUGGGCCCGCUUUUGUCCCAAGUAAACGCCGACGGAAGUCCUCUUCACAGUCGGAAGGAAGUGUGCCACGCGAGCCGUGUAGUCGAUCGCCUGAAGCAAAUGUUGUCGCUGAAUCUUUGCAAGGUCAAAGACGAAGUACUCGACCGAAGGUCCCGAUCCCGAAAAUGGCAAAUAUGCAGUUUGGUAGGGAUUCUGCCUCGCAACAGCAAAUUGCAGCAAGAGAAGGUCCAAAAAAAGUAGGUCGACCCCCUCGACGCAUGUUGGCGCCAACAAGAAUCAUCCCAAAAAAGCUUACUACCGAGAUCGCUAAAACAAAAAAGGAUGCUCCAAUGAAUACCGAUGAGGCGAAAUUAACGGCAGCGUCUGCGGAGGGAUAUCAGCUUCCUGUGUCAUCAACACCAAAAGGUGCAAGCUGUAUUGCAAGUCCAAUAACUGCUGCGACGAAUAUAACGUCAACAACCCUUAGAAAAGGAAGAAGAUCAAAGGUAGUCCCCUGUGUUGUAAAAAAACUGCCCCAAGCAGCUUCAGAGAGUCGACUGCAUAGUGAGCUUUCACAAGAUGUACCACUUAAUGCAAGAGAAGAGAAUUCGCAAACCGUGGAGAAACAGCACCCACCGGCUUCAUGCGUGGGCAAGCAAAUUGAAAAAACGGAUCAUACUUCGGUUAGGCCUGGGGCAGCAGAGAACUGUACUAUGUCCAUGGAUAUUGUAACUCAGUCUGAAGGCUCUACGGCUUGUUCCAGAUCAACGACUAAAGCAUUGUCACUCACUGUGAGAGAAAACGAGAUGUCAGCUAUAUCUGGGGGACAAAUUGAAGGGGAGAUGACUCCCGAAUCGGCUCCAGCUUCGGAGGAUUUAAAAGACGUUUCCAACAGCACGGAGAUAACCCCUGGAUCACCAAUGAUUGUUGAAAAAAAUCUCCACUGUUCGAUGUGCGACUACAGGACACAUACGCCACUGUUCCUUACAAUCCAUAAAAGAAGCCACAAACCUAACCUUUCUUGCUCACCAUGCCACAAGGUAUUCUCGGACGUUCAAGCUGUCAGGGAACACGAAGAAAACGAACAUGUUGUUAAUGACACUGCAGAAAGGCUCCUUCGUUGUCCAAAUUGUGAAUACAAAACUAAGCAUAAUGUGUACAUGAGCCGGCAUAUUACGCUUAAGCAUGCCGGUUCUGACGAAUAGGGAAACGCUGUGAUUUGCAUAUGUAUAAUAUAAUAUAUCCCAGACGAAAAUGUCCCGUACGUUCUGAGAUCAACUUUGUGUACACUGGAAGCACAGCUUACUUGUAUUCUGCACUGCGGGAACGCUAAAAAUGUCGCUCCGAAACUACUGUCGAAAGUAACUCAGUUACGCAGUAAAAAUCAACAGAUUAACUAUUUGUAAAAAGGUUGUAAAAUUAUGCCGGAGUGUGGCUAAAAUGAGAUUGUAAUUUCAGAAGUUUCUAAGUAAGGCCAACUUGUUGCUUCUGUUGACUUCGCUAACGGUGGCACGCGCCAUUAAUGCUCAGCUGUCUUUAGCUUCUCAGCAAAAAUGCAAGGACAUGUUUGUAUAUACAGACAAUAUCAAGGCCGCAACUCGUUCAUACGAAGUUUUAGAACUGGGUAAAUGCGACUGACAUAGUUGAGUGAAUGAAGUGGGAGGCAAAUCAUUUUAUAAACGGAAGAGAGCCUUCAGUUUGCAGUUGUGUUAUCUCACUUCUUGAGCAGAAUGGAUGGUAAUAUUGAUGGGGUACAAGAAAAGCAGGAUUGGUGCAAAAUAUUUAUGAUAUUAUGGACCUAUAUUUGUAGGAUUAGUUUUCGCGGCAUUUUUCUGUGUAUGUAAUUUACGCGAAUCAGCUGAUCUGCAGAUUGCGUAUGCACCUAGAUUAUUUAAAAAUUGAUGCAGAUCUUAUCUAAAUUUUCUAAAUUAAAGUACUCUGUACAUCUGACUCCUUCAACUUCUGUUAAGUAACUGAGUCGAAUUUGAAUGAACAAAUUUCUGGCGUGUAAUAAUAGCAAUAGUGAGUUAGUAUAUUCAAAAAGGGAAGCUAGCUGUAGACAAUUCCUAAAGAAACUGAUUUUUCAUGUAGUCAGGUGAAAAUUUCGCGAAGCAUACACGCGGAUCGCGUCAUAUCGGACCCAAAACGAGGAAUGAUAACUUUAGGCGUUUUGACAGUACGUCGAGUUGUCGGUCGUGCGUCUAUGUAGUGAUACUGCCAUCGAGAUAAUCGGGAAGUUCUUUUAAUUAAUCCACAGGUUGAAUAGUACGUAAAACCAAACAAUAAUAAUAAUAAUGGUGGGCACAAUAUAAGUAAGUAGUAAGUGUCUCUUUACGUUCAUGUAAAAAUUAUGCAGAAGUCAUGCGUUCGUCGUUAUAUGGCAAAAACCUGUACAACCGUGUGUAUGAAUAUCAAUUAAGGGGAUGCGUGAUCACUCAUUUGUAACUGGUUAUUAUGGAACAUUUUUAUCAGACGACAGUACAGCAAUAAUAACGACAAAGGAAUAAAAAAACAAAGAAAAUUCAAGUCAACAAACAUUGAUGGCAAAGUUUAACUAUCCUCUAUUUACUUUAGGUUUUAGUCGCCGUCUUAAUUAUCUAUUUAGUAAGGUUUAUUAGUUACGAUACUUUUAGCCAUUAUUGAGUAGAUUUCAAAGACUUAAAAAUUCCUAAAAGAAACUGUUCGGAAUGUUGUCAGCGAAUUCGUGUAUACGAGAAAUAUUAGAAAAUAAAAAAAUUUAAUUACACUUGA